AUGUUCCGAGACUUUGACGACCAAGCCAUGCCCACUGAUCCGAACUUAUCUUUGGUGCACUUGACACUCUGUUGCAGUUACGUGAAUUUUGUGUUUCGUUGAAACUUGAAGGCGAACUAGGUAGGUGGUGACCUUCUGCUUCGCAAAGCAAUGGAUUGUCUUCACCGACACAGAGCCCCGCAUCGGUUGACAUUGAACUGACAUACAGAAUCAAUGCAUCAGCCAGUGAUUUAG